CUCUCUUUCAACACACUAACGCUACGUACCCACUCCAUGCAUAUUGAUUUUCCCUACAGCAUAACUUACGCAUAGGUCGCUCCUCACCAACCCCCACGAUCGGCGCAAAAGAGACACCACUAGCUUAGGCUAUCAAGCAUCAUCAUCAAUCAGUGAGGAAGAUGAUAGGGUGGGACGACGUGUACAAGGUGGUGGUGUCGAUGUUCCCGCUGUACAUGGCGCUCAUGCUUGGCUACGGCUCCGUCAAGUGGUGGCGCCUCUUCACCCACGAGCAGUGCGACGGCAUCAACCGCUUCAUCGUCCUGUUCAUCCUCCCCCUCUUCGGGUUUGAAUUCACAGCCCACAUAAAUCCGUAUGCCAUGAACUUCCGCCUCCUCGCUGCUGAUGCCCUGUCCAAGCUCGCCACCCUUGCUAUCCUUGGGCUUUGGGGGAGGUUCAGCAGCAGGGCGAGCUACAACUGGAGCAUCACGACGUUCUCAUUGUGCACGUUGACAAACCUGCUCGUCGUCGGCGUGCCAGUGAUGCGGGCCAUGUACGGCCAAUGGGGCGUCGACAUGGUGGUCCAGCUGUGCAUGGUACAGUCUUUGGUUUGGAUACCUCUGCUUCUUUUGCUUCUUGAGUUUAGAAACACGAGGAUGAUGGAUUCGACCACUUCUUCGUCUCCUCCUCCUCCCGAAAAUAAUGGCGUGGUCGAUGAAGAGAGGGAUGUAGAGAUGAGCGUUGUGAUUACGAUGGAAGGCGGCGGUGAUCAUCAUGAGAAGAGGAGUUACUGGUCAUUCGCGAAAGUGGUGUGGAUGAAGAUGGCCAUGAACCCUAACGUGUAUGCCAAUGUUCUCGGCCUCGCUUGGGCUCUCAUGGCUAGCAGAUUCAAAUUUACUAUGCCGAGUAUAAUGGAAGGUUCAGUCGAGAUCAUGUCGAAAGCGGGGACGGGCACGGCCAUGUUCAAUAUCGGGAUAUUCAUAGCAAUGCAAACGAAGGUGAUAGCAUGCGGCACGGGGCCCACGGUCUUAGGAUUGGUCUCAAGGUUUGUGGUGGGGCCGGCAAUCACGGCCCUUUGCUCUCUUGCCGUGGGCUUGCAUGGGCCUACUUUACAUAUCGCCAUCAUUCAGGCGGCACUUCCACAAGCCAUAGCUUCUUUCGUGUUUGCCAAUGAGUACGGGCUGCAUGCAAACGUCCUUAGUACUGCGGUGGUGUUUGGCACGGUGAUUUCUCUUCCGCUGUUGAUUGGCUAUUACAUUGGCUUGGAAUACGCUGCAUAAGGGCGAAUAUUGUUAAUUAAUUACUAAAUAAAGACAUUAUCCACCCUGUUAUUCCAUUCAUGGUUUAAUUUGUGAAAGUGCUCUACAAAA